GCGGCCUGGCAGGCGGCGGCCCCGGCGGCGUCAGCAGAGGCAGUACAGGGCCAAGGCCGCGGGUCCCUGAGUUGCGCGGGUCCACCGGGCCCGGCGGCGACACCAUGAUGCCGGGCGAGACCCACUCGGCGGCUCCCGGGGCAGCGGCGGAUCUCUCGCGGUGUCAGGGCUGCGCCUCCUUGCAGCAGAAUUUAAAUGAAUAUGUCGAAGCAUUAAUUACCUUGAAGCAAAAAAUUAUUAAUACAGAUAAUUUGUUAACAGAAUAUCAGAAGAAAUGUGAUGAGCUGCAGUUUGCCAGAAGAGAGAACAGUACUCUGCAUCACCAAGUGGAACAGAUGCUUCAAAAAAUUUCUCCUCUGCAGAAAUGUCAGGAAGAAUUGGGAUCUUUAAAAGCUGAGCUGGAAGAAAAAAAGAGUUCUCUAAAGUUGUAUCAGGAUACUCAUCAGGAAUAUGCUCGUGUAAAAGAAGAAUGCUUGAAAACUGAUGCUCAGAAAAAGAAACUAGAAGCCAAGGUGAAGAAGCUGGAAGAGGCUGCCGUCAAGCAAACUCAGGACUUCAAGCAACUAAGGAAUGAAAAGAAAAUACUUGAAAAGGAAUUUAAAAAGACACAGGAAAGGCUUGAUGAAUUUUCUAAGCAGAAAAAUGAAAAGGAGUUGAGACACAUUGGAACACAAAUUUCAAGUGAUUCUUAUGGAAGCAUAGAUAAAAGAAAAGUAAAAUUACUUCUGAAGGAACUCUGGCUCUGCAUAAACACAACACACAGAGUACCUGGUGAAAGCAGCAGAUGUGUCCCAGCAAAACCUGCAGAAGAAAAGUCCAGACCCAGAGAGUGUGGGGAUGAUGGUGUGCCCACUCGGGUAGAAGGCAGUCCUCCCAGAGCCUCUGCUGUGCAGACGUGUCUAGCAGAGCUGUCCAUGGAGAUAGAGGGUGACUUCUCCCCGUGUAAAAAUGUGGGACAAGAGCGGCCCAGUGGAGCAGCGCAUCGUAAUGAGGACCAGCCUCCUGAAGCUGUACUGCCGGGGAAUGAUGAAGACAGUACUGAAUUUGCUGAUCACAAUUGCUUUUUUGAUGAAGAUCUUCAAGCUGCAGUUGACUUCUUCAAGCUUCCCCCUCCUCUUUUGUCUCCAGUGCCAUCACCCCCUCUGGGGUCCUUACCACACCUGGGCACCUUACCGUCUUCGCUUGCACCUGAAACCUACUUCGGAGACUAUACAGAUUCCAGUGAUAAUGACUCAGCCCAACACAGAAAUUCUGUCGAGUCUAAUUCAGAAGAUGAUACACCUGAGACACAGGAUUGUUUUGGCUCACCCAUAAAAAAUAAAGGAAGUGGUACAUGGCAGGAAAAGCCCAAUUCACAUGAAGCCACCCAAGCUCUAAACACAUUGGAAGUAAAUGAAGUGACAGCUGUUGGGUUUGGGACGUUUACAGCAACGCUGGGAGAACCUUCAGCCACCUUCACCUUAGCUCAUGAGAAACACUGGACAGUGUCAUCUCAAUUCACGAGUGGUAGAAAAAGAGGCAUUUCAGGGGAGGCAAAAGGACAAAGAGAGGUUAGGGAGAUGGAUAAAUCAGUGCAAACUGAGGAAACACUUUGUAAACCCACCAGAAGUGUGAAUGUUGAGAAGUUGUCUGGCACCCUGACACAAGGGAAGGAAGUGGCCCUUGGGAAGUCAGACCUGUGUUAUUCUCCCCUUGGCAAGAGGCCAUUAAAUGAACUCAUGGGAUCUGAAGGAAAACCCCCAUUAUCCAGAAUGAUAGGAUCACCAAAACCAGACUUUAAGUGGACACCAACUAAUGAAAUCACAUGUGAAUCAGGCCGUAUAUCAGUUUCUGACCAUCUUCAGGGAACAUCUAGAGAACUGGAAAAGGAUAGAGUAGAUAUGCAAGGAUUUGUUUUAGGAGGAUCACCUGAACCUGAAGAAGAUUCAGGUGAUGUAAUGGAUGCAACAGAGCUUGAUGUUGAAGCCAAAUUUUCUUCCUCUUCUACCUCGGGAGCAUUGUCUGUCUACAGUAAUCCCCAGUCUUCCUCUGGGUUUAAGUGUGGUCAUGAUACACAUAUUCCUGCUGAAGUAAUCUCUACUCAAGUGUGUCAUUCGGAACAGAAGUUACAAGCUAGAACUGCAAAUGUGUCAGGUCUGCAGUCUGAGCCACUAGAAUGUUCUGCAGGAGCAAAUGACCUGGAGAAUAGCUUCCAUGCUCUGAACCCUGAGUUGGGAGCAUCUGAUUUUCAUGAUCAGAGUAGCAGUGGCAUAGAGUGUACAAAAGUUGUAAAAGGCAUGACCAAAGUAUGUGCUCUUCCUCAGUCAGUAUUUAUGAAAGCCAUGAAAGGUGGACAGUGUAAAAGUCAAAGUCCAGGAACUGAGCUCACACCAAAUCAGUCAGAUAUUGCACCAUUAGUAGAGUCUCAGUCUGGCUUGAUUAAGAGUGGUUUUGGUUUGGCUAAAAGCACUUCUUGGCACCAUAGUGAUCUCUUAAAGAAAGGUAGUGAAGAAAGGCUGAGAGCUAAAUCAGAACAUGAACAAGAGACCAACCGUCAGUUACAAAAAGCAAUGCUGUCCUUAGAAAAUAGAGGGUCAGCAUCAUUGUUGCCUAACCAAGUGUCAGUUAUCACCAAGCAGGCCAGGCCUGAAACGACACAGAGUGCUAGAUCGGAACCUUUGCGACUGCAUAGGAGUGACUCUGCCUUAGCAACAGAAAAUGUUGAUAGCGUGUCAUCCAUAGCAAGAUGUGGAGAAAGAGAGGAGACGACCCAGAUCAUCAAGGAGGUGGCUGCUACAAAAAGGACUUCACCAGAAAUCUCCACAUCUUGGAGAAAAUUAGAUUUUGAUUCCCCAAAUGGUUCUUUACCAGUAGAAAAUUCUCGUUCCACAAAGAGUAAAUUAUCUUUUUUUCCUGAAAAUAUUCCAGUUCCAAACCAAAACAUGACAGAACCCACAGCACAGGCAGAACUACAGGAGCAGUGUCAUUGUAUGAAUGCCACAGGUCUGGACUCAUCUGGGACAGGUGCAGAUAAACUUCCUUCAGCCACAGAAAAGGCAGUGUCAGGAGGUUUUCCUGUUGAAGAAAUACCCUGUGGAGAGACAGUCAGAUCUGGUGGUGAAGCCCUGGCCAUUUCAAAGGACUCUUCUAGUGUAGAGGAAAGCCCAGAGGAGCCCCUGGAGCAGCCAUCACCACCUCCUGGUGGUGCUUCUCCCAAAGGGUCAGGUGCCACAAGUACUGCCUUUUUACCAGAGAUUGGCAGAAAAGAUGAAGAGACACGUGCUCUCCCCCAAAGUAGCCUUCCUGGUCCUCUGUAUUGUUACACAGGCAUUCGGGAGGUGGGCGGUGUUGACACCGAGGUGGAAGAGAGUGAGGCCCCUAGCUGCAGUGAGGGUGAGAAUGAGCCUGAGGCUGCGAUGGGUAACCAGCGGUGGACUGCUGCUGAGUCCUCCAGAGGAGAUGCACGAGCUACACAUGCUGGUGCUGCCGAGACCAGGUCUUCCAUGGAGUUGGGCUGUCUGACCUCAGCGCUGCAGGACUUCAACAUCAGUACUCUCUCUGAGAUAGACAGACUUUCUACAUCAGAUGUCGUUAUGUUUCUUGAAAGUUGUCAAUUAAGAGAUUAUAGUUCAGGGGACUCUGUUUCAGAAUAUUCUAACAAGGAAACUCUAAACAAAGAAAUGAACAAAGAACUAAAGCAACAUGAAACAUCAGGAGAAAAGUACAGGAAGCAGGUCUGUGAUGAAGGAACACUCAAAACCUGUGAAGAGUGGAUUGAAUCCGAGGAAGAUGAUUGUCCUCUAAGGGAUGCCAGUCAGCUCGCUCAGUGUUCUCUGGAAACGCUGUCCGAGGUGCUAACCAAGAUUGGGCAGGAACUUCAGUCCAACUAUGAGGACUCAGAUGGAAAAGAUGCUGGUAAUUUACUGCUCUUCAGUGUACACGACAGUCUGACAACCAAACAUGUAAAAGAACAAGUCUCACCUCAGCAAAUAAGUGGCUCCUCAUUGCACCCUUCAGAUCCACCCCCGUCAACAGCUGGCUUGGGUGCUAAGGGCAGUUCUCCCAUUAGUGGGGUAUCUACUGUUGAAAACACUCAAGAGAGGCUUGAGGGUAACUCAGAUGUGACCAGGUUGAUUGACAGUGGAGGCGAGACCCUGUCAGAACUGGCAGAGCCCCCACCCCAGUGCUCUGACUCAGGAGCUGGAUUGACAGCGGAGCACAGUGCUGAUUGUGAGGCAGAAAGGACAUUUCAGUGUCAGAUAUCUACUGUGACUUCUGAAGUUAUAAAUGUGCUGAUAAAUAAGGACCAAAAUCUAGUCAUUGAAAAGGGGGACAACUGGACCAUUAUAAAUGGGGUGCCUCUCAUGUCAAAUGUGGACCAGGUUAUCCUGUGUGACACCCCUGGAGACAACCCCACUUCCCCAGAUGGAGGAGGGCCGGGAGCUGGUUUCAUUUCCAUUACAUCUGUGGAGAAGUCCCCAGAGACCAGCCGCCCUGGCUCUCCCUUUCAGGAUCCCCCAUGUGGCAGUAAUCUUCCAUGUACCCAAGAGGAUAUUUCCAGCAGUGGUCAGAGUUCCAACUUUGAUAAAAGUCGUUUGCGAAAUAGACCUGUUAAACCUAGUGUAAGGAUUAGUUCUGAAAUUUAUGAUCAAAUCUUUGAGUCUCAGAUUGUUGCAUCAGAUCACACGUAUUAUAACUCAAAACUGGAACCAUUUGGCAAAAACAAGAAUCGAUCAAAGAUUUCAAACAAAGAUCAGUCAAACAAACUGGUAAAGACUUCAUCAUCUGGCAGGGUUGAACCUAAUCCAGGUGAAGUUUCUCAGUCACCUUCAGCGGACAGUGUGAACACAAAAACCCAGAGACCUCAAACUCAGACCAUUCUGGCCAAUGCUGACACCUCUACCCCUACAGAUUGUUCCGCUGACACUCUGAGUAAAAUACGGCAGGAGGUGGGGCCCCCUUUGCCACCCCUGCUUGCUCCGUUGAUUGCCACGCCUCCGAGGACUUCACGCCCAGUUUCUCCUCUAAUAUCAAGUUCCAGUCCCUCCUCACCCACCUCUCCUGUUGGCCAGCUUUCUCCUCUGUGUGAGAUUCCAGUGCCACCCAUGAUGUCUCCUUUGCUGGAAGAUACAGGGCAUGCCUCCCCUUCGUGCACCUCUCCAUCCCCAUCUGCUGUAUCCACUGGGGAGAGGAUAUUGUCAUCUCCUUUGCAGUUUUGUGCCAUCACCCCAAAGCACGCCCUUCCUGUGCCAGGUAGACUGCCUCCCUGUGCAUCAGCCCACACUGCUGUGGCUGGGCCCCAGGAGAACUCUGUUAAAAUCCUUGACACCAUGUACCCUGAGUUAUCUGCCAGGGCCCGCACUCUCAACAUCCUCAAAGGGAAUAUUCAGCUUACGCGAGGUCCACCUACUGACCGGCAGAAUUUACCAGGGCCUGUCAGUGCCAUAACAGGGUUCAAAGCGAUCAGUUCCAUGUCAACCGCCUUUGUCAAAACACGGGGCAGCUCUAGUGGUGACUGUAAUCAGGGUAAGUCCAGAGACUUGGGAACCCAGCAGGAUUCAGGUGGGAAAAGAACAUUGUCCGCGUGCAUACUGAGGAGUGCUAAAAGAUUGCGCCUGGACAGUGGGUCCCCAGAAUCAGAAAGUGGGAGCAUCACUACAGAAGGAGUCAACAAGCACCCCUGCAGGAACUUCCCUCAAGCUGAAGUCGCAGUGACAGAUGAGGAACCAAGUUCUGUUCCAGCUACCAGUUCAGUUUCACAGUUGCCUCUGAACCCCAAAGAAACUGUGGAGUCCCAUGACAAAGCCAUAGCUGAUGCCCUGAAGAAGAUUGCAGAGUCCUCCUUUGACCUGUUGCCUGUCAUUCGGAGUCACGUGUAUGUGGGAAAUAUCUCCAAAAAGCCUGUAAUGAGAGAUCAAGAGAAAGAAGUCGUCUAUGACUUCAGCACAACAAAGAAGCAUUUAGCAGAGUGCUUGCUUCACUCUAUUCUCUCAGAACUAAAACUUCAGAAGACAUCCCUGGAGCACAACUACAUUCAUGCACUCUGCAGAGUGUAUGUGGGUAUUUGUCGGCAACUCGGAGAUGUAGAAAGAGCACGCUUGUUCUGCUAUAGCCUACUUAAGGAAGAUUUUCCAGAAUCAGAGAAACUGACUUUGUUCAUUGCAAACAUGUGGCAUGAUAUAUUUAUCUCUCAAUCAGUGAUUAAUAAGGCAAUGCAGCUAGUUGCCAGGCAGCGUGCUAAAGGGGAAGUUCUGAAUUGUUUGAGAGCGUUUCUCAAUUGGGAAAAGAAUUCUCCUGCAGAUGUUGGCUUCAUGGUUUCUAAGUUGCUUUUGACCAUACAGUUAUGUCCAAAAACAGAAUUUCAGUCCAGUGAAAGAUUUGGUGAAGACCUAAGUGAUAACACUUGGGAGUACAUAUUUGCCAUUGAUCUUCUCUGCUGCCAUCAGAAAUGGAUUUGGACGCAUGAUAACAUUAUAAGUAAAGAACUGUGGCCUGUAAUGGAUAAGUGGAUAAAAUACAGAAAAGGACAUGCAAACAUUGCAUAUAUUCCUGAUGUUAUCAUAGCAUCAAUACUGAGGCUGAUUGGUCGUUUAGGCCAAUUGGGUUUGAAGGAAGGGUUUCCAUCUGCUGUGAAAAAUAUUAGUUCGGUUAUCGGUAUGUUCAUACAGCAUGCCCAGGAUGAAGAUAUACCAUGGGGUAUACAGCUAGCAGCCGUGUAUGCUCUUUGUGACUUGAGUCCCAGCAAUCCAGCAGAGAUAUCCAAGAUCCUGGAAGCUUGGCGCAAAGAGACUUCUCACAGCGUUCCCUCUGCAGUGGUCAGCUCCCUGGAGGAAGUCAGUGCAUUGUGUGCAGGGGAGCUUGGCUAAACCGCCGUCUGCCACUGCACCUAGAGAAGUGCCUUCACGUAUCUUGAGUAUAAACAAAUUAACUGGCUUUCAGAAUGCAAGCUAAGGUUUCACAGAAAAGACGCAAAAGAGAAAAUGCCAAGAGGCUCUCCUCUCUGUGUGGCAAGGAGACAGGAAAAAUACGCAGCAGCACAGCUGUGUUUCCCUAAACCACAUACUUAAAUCCGUUAAGGCUGUUGUGAUUACAUGACAUGUGGGUUGUAUUGUCUUGGUCAAACAACAAAAACUUGAAUUUAGCCCUUUUUGCUGCAGAAAGUGUCCUUUCAGUCGCUUUUUGAAAUUGAGUGGCAUUUUGUAAUGAAUUUAAUAUGAAAGCAUUGAUUUGGUUCCUGAGUUAAUUCUGGCCUUUGUGCUCAAAUGACUAACUAGGAAAAACUAUAUUGGCUAAAAAAGAACUAGAAGACUCUUCCACUAUUUUAGCUGGAAAUGGGCUACAGAAGUUUUUCUCAAGGUAUAGUGUGCAGCUGAUCCAGGUAAAACACGGGGGAGCCUCUAGAAACUCACCUUAAUGCGUUUUCUUCACAGGAGUUCCUUAAUGAAAGUUCUUUAAACUAUUUAACUAUCAGGAAAAGGAGACUGAAAAGUAGAAGCUCACUGCAGGUUCUGUAUCAGUGACGUGCGCGGACGGAUUCAGAGGCGGCCGCGGCAGAGCCCUUUGCCGUGUACAUACGGACAGUGCGAUAAUGUGUGUCACAUUCGAUGAUGUUCCGCUUUCGGAAUUUUAGUAUUUGUACAGAGAAAAUGGGUUUAAUAACUCACAGUGGUUCUGAUUUGUCUUAUAUUCAUCAUUUCUUAAAUCUCUUGUAUGUGUUUUUUUAUAAUAAAAAAUAAAAGGAAGCCAUGUACAUUAUUAUUCUGAUCAGUAAAGAUGACAUUUGGUGUUACUUCUACUUUAACUGCAGACAGAAGACAGCCAUUCCAAAGGAGACUCCACUUCUGGAUGUAAACUUGCUGCUUUGCCAGUAUUUCACCAUUCUGAGUAUUCUCUUAAGAUGCUCUUAGUGGUAUCAGACACCAGAUAAUUCAGUGUUGAUUGGCCCUUAUGAUUGGAUAUGUUUAUGGAAUUACAGUUGCUGCCCUUUUAAAAUUAUCUUUAACAAGUAUUUUACUCCUUUGUGUUUUUAAAGUAGUUAUAACAAAAACUGAGAUUUAUAAACAACUCCAUGUAACCCUUUGAAAGCUUUUGGUUGGUGUGUUCAUCCAGUAUUCAUUGAGCAUGUGCUCUGCACUGGUGCCUCGCUCAGAGGAGCUGGUGAGCAGGCAGUGAGGAAUAAGUCCUUGAAGAUCUGUGAUCUGUUAGUAGAGAAAAACCCUAAGCAAUUACCCCAGUAAGUCAACAGUUGAAAAUUUUGGUGAGUUCAGUGAAGAAAACAGAGGUUUGCAGUAGCAUAGCAGGGUAGACUCCUUUCUAGGUAUUAAUCAAGAGUGUACCUCUGAGGAAGUAACACGAGGUAGGUUACUUCAUGAAGGGAGCCAGCUUUGAAAAUAGGGGACGAAUGUCCCUCCUGGACAGGUGAGUGUGGCUCUGAGAAGGAAAGCCUUUUGUGUGCAAGAAGGCGGCUGAUGCAGCCAGACACCCUGUUCAAGUGUUUGGUUAUACAAAUGAUACCAUGCCAGUCCCUGGGACCUGGGCAGCCCUGGGCUUGUUCAUAGAUUGAGCAGGGAUGUCAUAUGAGAUUACAGUUUACUGGGGCUGUUUUGUGGCAAAGGGUUGUGAGAAGGGCAAGAGGCAAACCAGAGGGAUCUGUCAGGAGGUAGGGGAGAGAUUAUGGUGUUAGAUGAAUUUCAGAUAUUUCUUGGAGGUAGAAUCCAUGCCAAGUUCUCGAACUUGGGUGAGGGACAGGUAAUCAAAAUUCAAGGUUCCUGAAUUGGGCUUCAUAAGGUGUGUACAGGUGCACAGGUUGGUGAUAAGAAACAAAUCCUAGGUGCAAGUUUGGGACGUGGACCUUGUAAGAUAUCCCAGUGGAGGUGGCAGGGAGCCUUUGCAGGCAGUUAGAGUUCAAACAAUAUAGGAUAAGUUAGGAAGGAAGUUCAUAGUGUGUGGAGGGUAUUUAAGGCUGUGUGUGUGAAAGAGAGUUGUGUGUGUUCUAGGGAGAAAAGUACAAUAAAUUCCCGGGGGGCAGAGGAGGAAAUACCAAUAGGUCAGGAGGUGGUGGUGUAGUAGUACCUUGGCGAUUGUUUCCUUGCCAGGGCCAUGAAGGCAAGCAUUGCCCAUCUGAGCUUGAAGCUAUGGGGUCAGGUGAGGUGAGCCAGCCAGGAGAUGGUUGCAUUUUGCGUCCUGCGUGUGUGGUCUCAGUGUCUCCCACAUAACAGUUGGCUUAGAGGGAUGCAACGUGAAAGGUCAGGAAGAGAAGAGCAGAUCUGCAGAAACAUUUUUUGGAAAAUUACCUAAUGGAUGGGUUUGUCAAAAAUGUUCAAAAUAUUUUUUUUAACCUCAACAGUUUUGGUUUUAGUUGGUGGGGAAUAGGUAACACCUGACAUUUUCUGCUCGUUACCAUUCUUCUGACCCUUUGGUAUGUGGAAUUUGUCAUUAACUGCUUUGUUUCAUGACGUGAUGAUAAAUAGGCCUGAACUUGCAUUUUGUUCUGUGUUAUCUUCAGACAGUGAAGCAGUUUUAAGCUGUUCAUAAAUCUAAUUUCUUAUAUUCAAGCAGAACAUUGUUGUGGGGUUUUACCAUUUAAGGAAAAACAAAAAUGUGGAUAAGCAUUUGAACUUGGAGUUGGGUGGCUUUUGGCUAGCAUAGGGGUCUGUGCACUAGGAGCCACACAGGCUCUGGGCACCCCAGCUGGGUCCCACAGACCUCCAUAAGCAGCUUGCCACAGGUUGGUGUGCUGCCCUGUCAGGCAAGCUCAGGUCCGACCAUGCUGGAUAGAGAUAGGAGCCUAAGGAACUGCUAAAUGAGGCAGUGGCUCUGAGGGAGAGUGAUGGAUGUAUGGUCAGUCAUCUUUAUGGACAUUUGAACCUUUUCUCCAUGUGUAUUCCCAAGGACAUCCUGACUUCAUUCUCAGCACAAAGUUGGCCUGUAGAGGAUACUUCAGGCUGUAAUUUCCCACCCUGAGGCAAUUUGGUGACAUGGGUUACUUUGUUCAGAGAGGAUGUGGCAGAGUGGAACAGGAUCUGUUCUUGGGGAUGGAAAGAGCUGCACUGUGGCCAUUAGAGGGCACUGCAGACUUGCCCACAAUCUACACAGGCCAGAAAAUGGGGUGCCUUGCCUGGGACACACUUAGAUGCACAGUUCGCAACCUGAAAGCCUUGCUGUCAGGGAGACAUUUCCAUUCAUACUUCGGGUACUUAAAGGAGUUAGUGCUACCACCUAGGCCCAAUAUCUCCAGAAGUAAAUGAGGAAGGAUACUAUGUCAAAUAAUGGUAUUUGAGAAUAUCCCCCUGAACCAACCCUGCAAAAAAAACAAACAAAAAAAACUACUCUGCCCAUUUGUUCAAAUUUUUCCCUAGAUAUUUUUUAAUGACUAAAGCAAAAUGCUUUGACCAAAAAAAAACAAAACAAAACCAGAACAGCAAGUGGGUAAGUGAUAAUGGGUGGGAAGGUUCUGUGAGCUUUUCUGAUCAGUCAGGUGCAAGAGCGGUUAGUUAAAUCAUCCUGCCCACAUUGAACAUACUCAGUUUUUUCCAAAUAACAUUUCCAACACAUUCUCACAUAGAAAUCAUAUAAAGAAUAUGUAGUGUGGGUGGGGCUUAUAAAUGUGAGUUCAGUCAACUUAAGGACCACAGAUGCAAGACAAUUCAACGAGGAGUGUUCUAGAAAUUUAGGGGAGUUUCGGAGUUUUGAAGGUAAGACAGCCAUAAACACUCCUUUUUCAUUUGCCUGACACCUACUUAGAGAAAUUCAUUGUUCUUGGUUUUGAUUGUAACAGUUCAUUUUCCUGCCCCUGAAGACAGUUUUAAGGAAGACAUACUUUAAUACCAUGACAUUUCUAUCUUAAUAAGCUGUGCUUGUUUGUUCACCUCAGUUAAAAUGUUCUGUAUAGACAAAGAAUUGUGGAUGAAGCAUCAUUGAAAGAUGCUACAACUCAAUUUUAUGAAAAUGAAAGUGCUUGCUUUUAUGGACUGUGGGUUUUUGUGAACAGCGUUAGGACCUUGGGAGGCACUGCUUGGACCUCUCCUGCCUCCCAGCCCCCUUUGAGCCAGGGUUUACACU